CCACCCUCUAAUGCCCUCACCGCUUAUUGCGUGCUUUCGAAUCAAGCGGGUGAGCUUUCCAACCGCUGAAGUUUGUUGCUGUUGGCUUCUGUGACAGUGGGAGAACAGCAUCGUGGAUCCUGUGGCGAGCGCAAGUGAAGUCUGGUGAACCGUUUCUCACUGCAGAAAGUGAGAGGCGGCUAUAGGUCAGACACCGGAGUUUCACGCUGCAGAGGACAAAAUGAAAUUCGGAAUUUUCGUGUUCGUUGUUGUCUUGGCAGUUGAAACUACGUAUGGGCAGCAGAUACCAUGUGUGGGAAUUAACUGCGUUGAGGGCUGCGACUGUAACCCUGAGAAGGGCAGCAGGGGUCGGCCAGGGCCUGUGGGGUCAAUUGGGCCAGCUGGACAGGAAGGGUUUAUAGGACCCCAGGGCCCCCCAGGUCCCAAAGGUGAAAGGGGCAACGCUGGACUGAAAGGACCAGCUGGGCCAAAAGGGGACAAGGGCCCUAUGGGCGUGCCCGGAUUCCCAGGGAUUGCUGGUGUUCCGGGCACGCCAGGCCAGGAGGGUGGCAGGGGUCCACCCGGGCUGGAUGGCUGCGACGGAUUUGACGGCAUAUCUGGCGACCCGGGCGCCAGGUCUCCAAACGGCCAGCCGGGCGUCGCAGGUUUCCGGGGAAUACCUGGACCCAAAGGUCAGAAGGGCGAGCCUGUGUACACUGGACCGGGCUACAUCCCCAGGGGAAAUCCUGGUCUGCCUGGAUUGGACGGUCUGAUUGGUCCCAGAGGGUUCCCUGGAAGCCCGGGUCAGGCUGGUCAGAGAGGCCCUGAUGGAAGGCCUGGUGCCCCUGGUCUUCCCGGUCCUCCCGGUCCAACAGGGGGUUCCGGUGUAGGUUUCAAAGGAGAACAUGGAGACAGGGGGGAUGUGGGUCCACCCGGGCCCAGGGGGGUGCAGGCUGAAGAGACUCUUUUGUACUCACCUGUUAGCUUAUACUUCAAAGGAGAAAGGGGUGACCCGGGCUUUAGGGGCCAACCAGGUCAGCCAGGAAGGCCCGGUAUUCCGGGUAGCUACGGUUACGGGAGUGAAACGGGCGAGACCGGGAUUCCUGGACUUCCAGGCGGGCGGGGUGCCCCUGGUUUAGAUGGAACCCCGGGACAUCCCGGUGUAAAGGGGUUACCUGGUGAUCCUGGAUACGCUGGAAGACCAGGAUACCCUGGGCCAAAGGGGAGUCAAGGAGACACAGGCCCCCCUGGGCCCCCCAGCUAUGGCGGGUAUGGUCAGGGAGCAGGUGCACCAGGUCCCCGUGGAGACCCAGGAAUUCCUGGUGCUCCUGGUGCACCUGGUGACCAGGGACCAUUGGGGUACCCAGGGCAGCCUGGACCCCCAGGGCUCCCCUCUUACUACUCAGGUCAAGUUCUUACAGGCUUCCCAGGCACCCCGGGGCCAAAAGGGGAGAAGGGGGAGCCAGGUCGCCCAGCUUAUGGCAGUCCUGGUGUUCCAGGCAGCGAUGGCUCUCCAGGGUUCCCUGGUCCUCCUGGUCCCCCAGGGCUAUCAUCUUUCCCUGGGCGUGCUGUACUGCCUGCUAUACCUGGUCCUCAGGGCCAGCCCGGUCCCAGAGGGCCACCAGGGGGCUCAGGAUACCAAGGGGCAAAAGGUGAACUGGGAGACUGCCGCUGUAACGGAGCAGCGGGGAUUGGGGUGCCCGGGAAUCGGGGCCCUCCCGGGGUCGCGGGGACACCCGGAUUCUUCGGCAGGAAGGGUGAGAGAGGAGACACGGGGUACCAGGGACCAGCUGGCUCCCCUGGUCCAAGCGGAGGUCCGGGCUCUCAGGGCUAUUUGGGACGAAAGGGGGAGAAGGGAGACUCUUUUGCCUCUUCAGCCAGGGGUGUGAAAGGGGAACGGGGCAACCCCGGACCACGGGGGCCUCCGGGGCAACCAGGACGAUCUGGUAGAGACGGAGUCCCCGGAAUCCCAGGAGCACAGGGAGUCUCUGGUGACAGUAGUUAUGGGGUGGCAGGGGACAGAGGGUACCCUGGAAUCCCUGGUGGAAAAGGGCAGCCGGGGUUGGCUGGUGAGCCUGGCAUUGGGUAUGCAGGCAGUGUGGGCAUCCGUGGACCGCCUGGAGAUCCCGGUUACACUGGCGCCCCUGGAACUCCUGGACGCACUGGAGAGCCAGGUGGCUGGCGCUGUGGGGAGGAGGGGGUUAUUGCGACCUCUUUCACUGAGGGAGGAGAUAUUCUGCCGUGUCAGUACCCAGGAGAGCAAGGUGAUCCAGGACCCCCUGGCUACCCCGGGGCUCCAGGACCAAAAGGGGCACCUGGUUUCCCUGGAGCUGUAGGGAGACCUGGGUUCAAUGGCCCGAAGGGCGAAAGAGGAGACUAUGGCCAUGGAGGAUUACCUGGACCACCAGGCUUCCCGGGCCCUAAAGGGGAGUCAGGAGGUUCAGGGCAGCCUGGUGGGGGUGGCCAGCCUGGGGGCCGGGGGAAAGACGGCCUGCCAGGGCUGAACGGGCAGAAGGGGGAACGGGGCGAGGUUUACGGAGCUGUGGAUGGGAAACCAGGCCUUCCGGGUCUAAACGGAGAACCAGGAGACAAGGGGCCAUCCGGAACACCAGGCCAGCCAGGCGCACCAGGCGAGGAAGGCCGUUCAGGCUACCCGGGGGCAAAGGGAGAGCGUGGUGUGGAUGGGAUCCCAGGACUCCCAGGCCUGGUUGGCGCACCUGGAGAGGGCAGCGGGGUGGGAUUACCUGGGGCAGUUGGAGCCGCCGGACCCAAGGGCAUUUCUGGAUCUCCAGGAUACCCCGGAGCCAAGGGGGAGCGGGGUGACAACGGUUUUCCAGGGCCCUCCGGUAUCAAAGGCAGACGGGGAGAGCCGGGGACCCCUGGAAACCCCGGAGGACUGGGUCCCCCUGGACCGCCGGGUGGGUCAAGAGAAGGCAUCCCUGGCGGACCUGGAAGAAAGGGUGAACGAGGCUUUCCUGGACCAAGGGGAUUCCCAGGAUUGGGAGGACCUCCCGGAUAUGCUGGUGCUCCAGGGUCAAAGGGUGCUCCGGGCACCCCUGGAAGGGAUGGUAUUCCAGGCGGUCCCGGAGCGCCGGGAGCUAAAGGGGAUGUUGGGAGUCCGGGUUUUCCUGGUUUGCCGUCUGUACCGGGCAGAGUCAGUACUCUGGCAAAGGGUGACCCCGGUGACCCUGGCUUCAACGGGCCUCCCGGAUACCCUGGGCCUCGAGGUGAUAAGGGGUAUCCUGGCAGCCCUGGUCGUCGGGGGUUACCAGGUCUACCUGGGUCAGCUUUCACAAGGAAGGGGGAACCCGGAAACCCUGGCUACCCCGGCACCACUGCAUCUCCCGGCUACCCUGGACCCAAAGGGGCCCCUGGUGGCUCCGGCUUUGCUGGCUCUCCAGGACCAAAGGGUGACAACGGAAGUCCUGGAGCACCUGGGUUCCCAGGAGGGGCAGGGGCGCCUGGUCAAAAAGGUGCGCGUGGGGACUCCUUUGGUUAUCCUGGAGGUCCUGGCAGUAAAGGUGUUGCUGGUGACCCUGGAUACUCAGGCAGACCAGGGGGUGUGGGGUUCCCAGGAGAUGCUGGCAGACCCGGAGGCCCGGGGUACGGCGGUCAAAAGGGCGAGCGGGGCGACUCAGGGAGGCCGGGGGGUCCCGGCUCCCCCGGGUACCCUGGCAGUAAGGGUCUCCCAGGGUUUCCAGGACGGUCUGGGCUGUCUGGUGGUCCUGGGUCCCCCGGAGCUCCGGGUGGCUCCGGAGAAAGAGGAGCGCCUGGCUUCCCGGGCCUCAACGGGUUGAAUGGACUUGGAGGGCCAAAGGGGCUGCCAGGAACCCCAGGUGUGUCUGGGGCAGGUAGGCCUGGCUCCCCAGGACCCAAUGGGCUGAAGGGAGAGAGAGGAGGCUCAAUUUCAGGAGGUCCUGGUUACCCUGGUGCAAAGGGAGAGAGAGGAGUCUCAGGUGGAGCAGGUCAUCCGGGGCUGCCUGGUGCCACUGGUCCAAGGGGGUACUCCUACGAAUCGGACACCCCAGGCCCCCCUGGAGAUGCGGGUCCGCCAGGGUAUGACGGAGGGCCAGGUCCUCAGGGCCCCCCAGGCCCUCAAGGACCUGCAGGCCCGGGCAGUUUUCCGGGGGACCCAGGAGAUCAGGGAUCCCCUGGGUACCCAGGGAAGGCAGGUGAACCAGGUGACGCUGGGCUGCCAGGAUCCCCUGGACAGCCAGGUGGUGCAGGAUUCAAAGGAGAGAGAGGAGACACUGGAUACACUGGUUCUCCAGGACAAGCUGGGCCACCUGGGGACCCUGGAUACGGGGGAGGCAGGGGCCCAAAGGGUUCACGGGGGCCCCCUGGCCUGAGGGGACGGCCAGGCGAGACACGUCCCCUCGUGGUAUUACCCACGCCUCACGGAGAGCAGGGUUCUCCUGGUUAUCCUGGUAGCCCUGGUGAGAUGGGACCCUCGGGACCGCCUGGAGGGCCAGGUCGACCAGGUGCGAAAGGCGAAAGGGGAGCCGCAGGUAAACUUGGACCCAAUGGGGGGGCAGGUGGCCCAGGACCUCUUGGAGACCACGGACCUCCUGGCUUCUCUGGACGACCAGGAGAUCAGGGCCAGCCCGGUAAACCAGGGCCCCCUGGUCCCCCAGGGUUCACUGGUAGGGCUCCGAGCAUCGGCUACACCCUGGUGAAGCACAGCCAGUCCACCCUGGUGCCCGCCUGCCCCCAGGGGAUGGUCCAGCUGUGGGAUGGGUACAGUCUGCUGUACGUGGAGGGGCAAGAGAAGGCCCACAACCAGGACCUGGGCCUUGCGGGCUCCUGCCUGCCCCGCUUCAGCACGAUGCCCUUCCUGUACUGCAACGCCGAUGAGGUCUGCUACUUCGCCAGUCGCAACGACAAAUCCUAUUGGCUAUCUACGACGGCUCCCAUUCCCAUGAUGCCGGUGGCGGAUCAGCAGAUCGCGCAGUACAUCAGCCGCUGCUCAGUGUGCGAGGCGCCCUCCCCGGCCGUGGCCGUCCACAGCCAGGACCUCACCAUCCCACCCUGCCCAUACGGCUGGAGGAGCCUGUGGAUUGGCUACUCCUUCCUCAUGCACACGGUGGCCGGAGCGGAAGGCGGCGGCCAAUCCCUGGUCUCCCCGGGAUCAUGCCUGGAGGACUUCCGCGCCACGCCCUUCAUCGAGUGCAACGGUGCCCGCGGCACCUGCCACUACUUUGCCACCAAGCACAGCUUCUGGCUGACGACCGUGGACGCGGGCCGGGAAUUUCUGGGCGUCCCGCACUCCGAGACACUGAAACCGGGCCAGCAGCUGUCCCGGGUUAGCCGCUGCCAAGUGUGCAUGAAGAACAUAUAGCUCCACAGAGCCAGACGUUAGCGCUGAUGGAGAGAGACUGGCCCAGAGCGGAUGAUGUCAUUGCAGGCUGGAUGAUGGCAAAUGUCCGCCCCCCCUCCCAGUAGCUCACAGCACUGGGGGGCCAACGUGAGCUGACUCUGGGCAUCAUUUGUUUUUUUGUUUUGUUUUUUUUUUAACUAGUGUAGGUAGGUGGAGGGGAUGGGCUCUAAUACUUACUGAUAUGGUGCUAUGUUUAUUUUCCAUUUCUCAUGUUUUUUCCCCCCCAAACAUUUUGCCUGAAUAAUUCUUGGCUACCUCAGAGAGUCUACCAAAAUCACUCUUAAAUUAGCACUGAACUGUUAUGGUAUCUUACAUAGAGAGAGAGAAAAUAAUAGUUUUAGAAAAUAAUUUAAAGUGAUUGUCAUUUAAAUUACUUGUAUUUCAAAGAUCUGCAGUUUAUUGGCAAGCAGAACCAGUCAGUGUUUUUAUAUGAUUGAAUGCCAAUGUAGGUUAUUUUAUUAAAUAAAUCUGGCUUUGAAUUGAGCAAUAUCAAUGCUCUAAUGAACCUCAUGUUUUAAGAUCUUUUUAUCCAACUAUUGCUUUCUUAAAAAAUUAGCACUUUUAAAAGUAUAAAUCAAUUACUCUUCAUCAAUAAUCCCAUUUCUAUGUUUAAUGAAAUUACCGGUGUGAAAUUUCUCAAAUGCUGGAGUCCUCCAUUCUACCUCUGAAAGACCAUAGACUUGUACUGUAUUAAAAGCACAAUUACCAAAAAAGCACAAUUCCCCCAAAAUGGCACAAUUUCCUCUCUUCCGGAUGAAAGACAAUACUGAAACCUGUGCUUCUGAACAAUUUUCUACACUACAGCAGCACGGUGUCUCCUGUUGAGUUUUUGUUCUUUUACUCACAAAAGGUGAGAGACAAAAACUAAACGGUAACAAAAAAUAAUAAUUAACCCAAUUGCGAGCAGAAAGUAAGCUAUAUUAAGAAUCGCAUACCGUUGCCGACAUUUCAUUAUUUAAGAGUUUUACAAUGGAAACUCAACGCGGUCCAUGUCUUUCCUAUACUUUGCUCUGGGACGAAUGAACACUAUGACGUUCACUGACCAUCUCUUCUGUGGUAGCCUCCAGCGCACAGCUCGUUUGGAUUUUCAAAAAUGUUUUACAUGUCUGUGUUUGUGUUCAGAUAGGGUAAUAUUUACUUAACUGAAUCCCCUCCUUUACAAUAUAGCAAACAGUAAAGGAAUCAGAUGAACCUGUAGGGACAGUUAUCUGUACAUUUGAUGGUAAGAAAAAAAAAAAAGUGUUGUUUUGAUUCAAUUGUUUUUGUAACACUUUUUGCUGAUUUGUUAAGCCAUUCUGUUUUUAUGACCAAUAAAGAAUAUAAUGUGCAUGUAUAUAAUUAUAUACAUACAUCUAUAUAAAUAUAUAUAUAUAUAUAUAUAAAUAUAAAAAAAGAAUUACAAGAUGAAAACAGUCUGAGUUUUUGCUGUACGUUUGGGAUAUUUUUUAACCACAAUGUGCUGUACAUUUCUAUGAAAUAAGGAAAAAUAAAAACAAAAUUUAA